CUGGAGGGCCCAAGUUUGCCCAUGGCUUGCCUGUUGUAGAUGCAGCUUCGGGCUCCUUGGAGCUUCUGCGGGCCUCCUCCUUGCGGCGCUGAAGCCCAGGGAAAAGAGGGAGGAGAGAAGGCGCGUUUGUUUCCUCGCCACCACUUCAAGGCUCGGAGCGGGCUUAUAAAAACGCCCGGCUGAGGCUUUGUUUCCUUCCCAUUCAGGCUCCUCCUGGGAAGAAGGCUCUCUUCUGGCCGCCAAGGAUUGCACCUGAGAAGAAGAAGAAGAAGAAGAUGGGGGUCCUGCCCGACAGCGGCAAAGCGCCCCGGAGCGGAGACAAGACCCCCAGCUUCAAGGCCUGCUCCGGGGGCAUCUUCUGCAACAUUAAGUUGUUUGUACUCUGCCAUGGACUUCUACAGCUUGCCCAGCUCCUCUACAGUGCCUACUUCAAGAGCAGCCUGACAACCAUUGAAAAACGUUUUGGUCUCUCCAGUUUAUCCUCUGGCUUCAUUUCCAGUUUACAUGAGAUCAGCAAUGUUGUCCUCAUCAUCUUUGUGAGCUACUUCGGCAACCGAGUUCAUCGCCCUCGGAUCAUUGGUCUGGGAGGCCUUCUGUUGGCUCUGGCAGCCUUCCUUCUGACACUUCCACAUUUUGUCUCAGCCCCAUAUGAAUACUCUCGAACAGUCAUCAUUAACAGCCACACCAACAGCACCAGCACUGAGAUCUGCAAUGGUGAUUAUAAAUGUUCAAAUGGCACCAUGAAAACCCAGUCAGAAAGUGGCAUCAUGUGGUCAAUAAUGGUAGUUGCUCAACUGCUGGCAGGAAUUGGGACAAUCCCCAUCCAACCCUUUGGCAUCUCCUACGUUGAUGACUUUGCUGAACCAAACAAUUCUCCCUUGUACAUAGCAUUCUUAUUUUCCAUCGCAGUGUUUGGCCCGGCUUUUGGCUAUUUGCUUGGCUCUGCAGCACUGAAAAUAUUUGUGGACUUUGGGAGGGUUGACAUGAAGGAUGUGAACAUAUUCCCCGGAGACCAGCGUUGGAUUGGAGCAUGGUGGUUGGGACUUCUCAUUUCCUCUGGCUGCUUGCUGCUCACUUCUAUUCCCUAUUUCUUCUUCCCUCGAUAUAUGUUUAAAGGAAGGCUUGCUCUCCUGUGUUUGUUUUCAGAGUUCCCUCGAGGUUUCAUGAAGUUGUUCCUCAACCCAUUUUUCAUAAUGGUGGUACUGGCCCAGUGCUGCUUCUCCUCUAUUAUCGCUGGCCUCUCUACCUUCCUUAACAAAUUCCUGGAAAAACAGUUUGGUGCCACCCCUUCCUAUGCUAACUUACUCAUUGGAUCUGUGAACUUGCCGGCAGCGGCUCUUGGGAUGCUCUUUGGAGGCCUCAUCAUGAAGCGGUUUGCCUUGUCCCUCAAAGCCAUUCCCCGGUUCUCCAUUGCUGUGCUCCUUGUGUCCACACUCUGCAUCCUGCCUCUCUUCUUUAUGGGCUGUUCCACGCAGAAAGUGGCUGGCAUUUAUCCACCCAGUUCCCAAGGGAAGGAUCAGUGCAGCCAACACUGCUCCUGCUCAGAGUAUCUCUUUCAUCCCGUCUGUGGUGAUGAUGGUGUGGAGUACCUCUCCCCUUGUCACGCUGGUUGCACUGGUUUUCUCUCUAAUUCUUCCAGUUCAAGGGCUAUGAUCUACACAAACUGCUCCUGUAUUGAUGCCAAGGAUGGACAGUCCUCAGCAACGACUGGAUCCUGUCCGCUGAGCUGUGCCCACCUGCUGCUUCCUGUCAUCUUUAUCAUCUCAAUUGCUGUAUUAAUUGCCAGUCUCUCACACAACCCUAUGUACAUGAUGGUGUUACGGGUGGUGGCCUAUGAAGAAAAGUCGUUUGCCAUUGGGGUUCAGUUCUUGUUGAUGAGAUUGAUUGCCUGGUUGCCAGCUCCUGCCCUCUUUGGAUUUCUCAUAGACACCUCAUGCAUCUGGUGGAAUAAAAGGUGCAACCAGAAGGGUGGAUACUGUUUUUACUAUGACAACAACUUCCUCCGCAGCAGGUACUUAGGUUUACAAGUCGGUUACAAACUUUUUGGGAUUCUGAUGUUAUCCUUGAUCAGCUGGAAGCUGACAAAAAAGAAGGAAUACAAUGUACAAGAAAAAACUGCUAAACACGUGUAGCUCUGCAUUGCAAGAUCCAGCUGGAAUGCCAUUUUGUACCAUGCCUGUAUUUACUCAACAGUACUUUGCCCUUGUGGCUUCUCCUUCUUUUAUUAUUAUUUUUUUUUUUACAAUAAGGGAACCAUUUCAUUAUAGCAUCUGAACAUAAAACUGGCAUUAUCAGCUUCCACAGUUUGUAGUCCAGCUAACUGGACAUGACUUUGUUGGUAAAUGGAGAAUAAGCAGCGCUUCUGGUGACCAAGCAUCUAAUCAGUGUUAAAAGACUCAGUUCAGCCUACUCAUCUCUCCAGCAGACAUUCACUGCGAAAAGAUCUCAGAGGACUAUGACAGAGGCCCCAGCCAUGAUACGACCAUGAGGUCCCUUUGGGCCCCCACUUCUGUAUUCCACAACUCUCCUGACACGUCCAGGAAGCUGACAUGUUGUUGAUGUUCUCCUUUCUCUCAAUGGCUAGGUUGGGGGGAAAAGGCAGCCAGACCUCUUGAGAAACAUCAGUUCUCUGAGAAUGAUGAAUGAAAACUGUUAAGAGUCAGAUGGCUUGGAAAGUAGUCCUAUCUAAGAACUAUUUCCCAUACUGACUGAGUCCAUCAAGCUGUUGUAUUAUAUCCAGGGUGGCCAAAGAUAGUAAUUUACCACCCUCAAGGUGCUUUGGACUAACCUCUCAAGUUUCCUGGAUACUGAUCAUAGUAGCCAAGGCUUAAGAGAGUUGUAGUUCAGAACAUCUGUAUGACACUACAUUAUCUUCCCUGAACUAAGACAUGGAAUCAAGGAAGGAGAGGAGUUAUAAGAGCUCAGCUUGCCCUGACAUUCGUGCCUUCUCUUUUCAUUUAUUACACAGGUCAGAGUGGACAUAAGCUCCGCUUAAUGUAUAAAGUUAAUUUUUUGUGAUAUAUUGAAUUUUUAAAUAAAUACCAUCUUUUCCA